AUUUUGUCAGAUUCGGUCGUUAGCCGGUUCAAAAAACUAAAUCUGGGGAUUAGUGGACAACUGUGUGGAGACGGCUGCAGAAUUCUUGUGAUUGAUUCUCCUAGUUACGAGUUGUGUCCCGUUCACGAUAUAAAGGUCUGCGCUUGGCUUGGCGAUGCCUGGCAUCAAGAAGAAAUGGAUAAAGGCCAGUCAUAACGACCAGACAGCGCGGGAUGUUCCCGACGACGGUGAGGACAUUGGGGACGAGGACCGGGAGCUGGGUGACGGGGGAGCCAACAGAGACGAUGCGCUCGAUGCUCCGGUCCCGAAGCCCAGAAAACGGCCGGCCCAGGGUCAAGGAGGCAUGCUGAAGGGACUGGACGGGGAAGUGCUGCUGGAGAAACGCAAGAGGUUUAUCCCCCCGGCCGAGCUCAAGCUUACAGAAUGGUUGGACAACAAUCUGGAACAGCGCACGGAGGAGACUUUGAGCCUGACCCAGCUGUACACCUACUACACAGAGAUCUGUAAGGGGGAUGCUUCAGACAUCCUCGACGUGCCAGCGUUUAAUCGGAUGAUCAAAGUAAAGUUUGGAAAAGCUUUUGGCUUGAAGGAGAAUUCUGUGUACAAGGGCCUCAUCAAAGAGCGGAAGCUGAACCAAGAAAAGAAAAAGGUGGCUGGCAUUCGCAUGAAGGAUGCUGUCCACGAAGCCAUCAAUUUCUACGGAAAUCCUUGGCACGGUGUCCGAUUUUUUACCCUGAAGCAGUACAUCGGGUCCAAGUAUCCUGCCUUCCAGAUUGACAUCAAGCCCAAAGUCUUGAAAAGAGCACUGGAGAUGGGUCUUCAGUACGGGAAAAUUGAUCUGGUGAAAGGCAUUGGCAUGGCAGGCUUUUACAAGCUCCCCGGAGGAGAAGAGCCGCCGCCCAAACCAAAGAAAGCGAAGAAGGAAGAAGCAGCUCCGUCGACAGAUGAUGGAGAAGCCGAGCAGCAGAAAGAAGGGGAAGAGAAGGACGAGAAGAGCCAGGACGGAAAAGACGAGUCUGUGGAGAACGGGGAUAAGAAGGAGGAAGAAGGCGCAGCGAAAAAGAAACCCCAGAAGCCCAGAAAGCCUCAAGCUGUGAGCUAUUCCCAGCUGUCCCAUGGGAGCCCGCAGAAAAUUGAAGACACGUUUCCCCUGGCAAUCACCUACCAGUCAGCGCCUAAGACUGCGUCCAUCCCGCGCAUAAGGAAGUACAUCACGGAGAAGUACGGGGACGCCGUGUCGGAUCACAGAUGGAGGCAGGCCAUUGACCGAGGAGUGGACAAAGGCUACUGGGAGCACAUCUCAGGCUCUGGGAUCAGCGGCAGGCUGCAUCUGUUGAUGGAUGACUUCGACCCUUCAUCGGAUCAAAUAGAAGAUCAAAUUUGUGCUGCGAUCAUCGCGUGCCACGAGCCGAAGGCAGCCUCGGCCAAUCAGAUCAAGAAGUACGUGUCCAGCUAUCACCCAGAGUUCCAGGUGGACGUGAGGCCGGACAAGUUCAAGAAGGCUUUGAUCCGAGCUGUGGCCAAGAGUAUGAUUGUCCAGGUCAGCGGUCUGGGUGCCAACGGAUCGUUCCAGUUGACAGCGCCGUUCAUUCCAUCUCCCAGCGUGUUGGCGGGGGAGGACGACUCGGAGGAUGAGGAAGAGGACAACGAGGACGGGGAGGUGCCCGUGUACGUACCGCGGGGCACUAAGUCACGCGGCAUGCCCAAGGUCAAGACCAUGGAGAUCAUCACCUCGCCAUCGCGCCUCAAGGCAGCGUCUGGUAGGGGUCGACCCGCUGGUGCCAAAGGGAGGGCCCGGAAGAGCAGGGUGAAGUCGUACGAAGAGUCGGAGGACGAGGAGGAGGAGGAGGUGGUGGUGUCGAGGAAGAACAAAAGAAAGAACAAGUCGGCUGCAAGUUCUGGAGGAAGAGGAGGCAGGGGGAGAGCAACGGGGUCGAAGAAAAGGGCCCCCUCGCCUCUGACCGAUGAAGAAGAAGAAGUAGAGGUGAAAGCGAAGAAGCCGGGCAAGAAGCCUGCGGCGAAGAGCAAGAAAUCCCCGGGGAGGAAACGUGCGCCCUCACCUCUCACAGACGAGGAGGAGGAGGAGGAGGAGGAAGAGGAGGAGCCAGAGUACACCCCCGUCAAGUCCAAGUCCCGAGGUCGCCAGGCCAAACCAGCCGCGGCGGAGAAGGCUACACCAAAGAGCAUCAAGACGAAAAUCAUGAAAGAGGGACAGAGCAUCAGCACGCUCAAGGUCAACAUCACCGCCCUGGAGAAUUUGUCCAGCUCCAAAGAAUCUCCGAAAAAGUCUCGCGGGGCUAAGGCCGAGGCCAGCACCCCGUCGUCGGGACGGUCCUCCAAAAAGUCGAGCGCGGUCAAGAGAAAAAGGGGAGAUGACAGCGACGCGGACGACGAGAGUGACGAGGCGCCGGAGUACACGCCCAGGAAGUCAAAGUCCCGCGGAGGUGAUUCCACAGACGGCCCCGCCUCAGCGUCUGGGAAGGCAGACAAAAAGAGGAGGGGUCGGUAAAUUAUAACCUGAACGCUGCACACACACAUUUUACGGUGAUCUUUGCUUAAGAUGAUGCCACGAGGUAGAAGAGUAAUCUUUUGCUUUGUAACUUUAACCACAAAACUUUGUCAGUUCCCAGCCUUCUUUUCUGUGUGGUCUGGGGAUGAAAAAAAAUAAA